UUUCCCAACACUGUACAAUAUAGAUUUAUUCAUUUAUAACUACCUACACUUAAUACAAUUUUAGUCGGACCAUCGUUUGCACACAUUGGAAACGUUCUAUACGUCCAUACUCCACACCCUAAAGUUUAGAAAACUAUAAUUAAUUAUUAAAACAAAAUAUUUGAGAUUUGACUAUGAAAAAAAUGCACAGCGUAAUCCGUCAGCCAGCCAAUUUAUUUUAAGAAGUGGAAGAUGAUUAUCGGGGAUGACGAAACAAUUAGAUGGAAUUCUCCGUCUCAAUUCCAAUUACAAGAACAGCCAUCACGGUGGUCCAGAUUCAUCGACAUAUAUUUUGCCCGAUUGAAAACUACAUACUGGAACAGAGGAUACGCAAUAGUUUUGCUUGGACUUAUUGGUAUCAUCAUUUCGUGGAUUUUAUUUGUUUUAUAUCCAUAUACGGUUCUUGUGUAUCUGAAGGAACAAAAUAAAAAUAAAAUUUACACUUCCAAUUAUAAUUGCUCAUCUUACAAAAUGAACGGAUAUUUUAUCGGCUUAAUACCUGGUGGUGUUUUAGCAACUGUUUAUCCUGCACACAAAAUUUUAGGGGUAUCAGUCUUUUUAUUUUCGAUUGGUCAUAUAAUUUUACUCGUGAGCAUGAAAUACUUGAGCGCUUACAUGCAUUGUUUCACACAGUUUUACAUAUCAAUGGCAAUGGCCACCAUUAUUUUGUCAAUUCACGGGACUUUGGCAUAUUCGAUCCCACUGAAGAAACAGUCAAUACGUCACGUUCCAAUAAUAUUGUGCUGGAUGAUAUUUAAUAGUGGACAUCUCAGUGCUCCUAUACUCCACGAACAAAUUUGUAUUUAUUAUACGACAACUCUAUGUUUUGGUGUGAUUGGAUUGUUAUGGUAUCUUUUUUGGCUGAACGCGUUCAAUGGAAAUCGACGUCAGAGCCUGAACCCACGAUAUUCUUCUAACUUACCGGACAUACCAUGGAAAUCGUUUUAUACUUCAAAACCUUUGCUUGUGAUUGCCUUAUUAUACGCGUGUGAUGCUCAGCUUAAUCAAACAAUUGGAAGUGUUUAUCACAACAGCGAAAUGUCAGAAUUGAGGAAAUACACUAUAAUUUUAUUGUUGCUUUUCAUCGUUCUGGCUGAAUUAAUUCCAGAAAUCACAGAAUCCAUUCCCACCGUCAGCGUCAGAAAGCUCUGGAGUUGCUCAUAUUUUAGUACGAUGGGCAUAUAUUAUUUUCUGAAAGAUAUUUUAGGUUACAGUUUAAAAACAAAUAAAAUAUGGGGUUAUAUUUUAACAGAAAUGAAAUAUCUUUACAUUUUUGGAUUCUACUUAAACCAUUUAGAUAUUGCACCAAAAUAUGCUAGUUUACUUUAUAGUUUACUGCUAACCAUAAAUUAUAUUUCCAACUUUUUAUGGGACAAUGUCGUAAACACUUUAUUCAGUACUUGGGUACGUAACGAAGUCGAAACUGGUUUCAUGAUGGGGACAAUAUGUUUUGCGGUAGCUGUGUUUUAUGACAUUUUCGCUUCGGCGGAAGUACAGCCAUGGGCAGCAGAUAAUUCGGUAGAAGAAAAUCAACAAAUUAUGGUUGAAAGCAAUAAUUAUAAUAAUUUACCAUGUACAUAACAAUUAUACAUUAUAAUAAUAUGGUUACUAUUUCUACAAUGCUUGUUAUAUUGUAAUAAUAAUAUUAUGGAUAUUACGAAGAGCUAGUUAUAUUAACCUAAUUUAAGCAGGCUCCAACGACUUCAGUUGAUGUCAAACAAUCAUUUUAACUUCAAUUUUUCACUAAUUAUUUAAAUUAUUUUUUUUUUUCAACUUAAUAAUAUUUUUAAAAUGCUUGUACUAUUAUUAUAGACAUUCGAAAAUAUUGGCUUAUAUAAUUUUUGUUUGUGUGUAAAAUAAGUUUAAAAAUGUUAUAUAACAUCCUCAUAAGUUAUAAGCUACAUAGGCUCCAAUAAAUAAAUAUUUA